AUGUAUUUAUUUUGUAAUCCCACAAGCGACAGGAGGCGGGAAGUGCAAUCUUGUGAGAAACUUCAGAAAGAGUUGACAACGUUAACGUUAGGCCUAGCUAAUAUAUUCAUCAUGCAGCGUGCAAGUAGAAUGAAGAAGGAAAUACAGAUGUUAUCGGAAUCCCCGCCUCAUGGAAUAUCGUGUUGGCCAAAAGACGACAAAAUUGAUCAAUUAGAAGCUCAAAUUCUUGGUGUUGAAGGAACUCCCUAUGAAAAUGGAAUAUUUCGAAUUGAAAUUCAAAUCCCAGAAAGGUAUCCUUUUGAGCCACCAAAGGUGCGGUUUAUAACACCCAUCUACCACCCUAACAUUGACAAUGGUGGACGUAUCUGUCUGGAUACCCUGAAAAUGCCUCCCAAGGGAGCAUGGAAGCCCUGUCUGAAUGUCAGUACUGUCCUCACUUCCAUACAGCUUUUGAUGGCAGAACCUAACCCAGAGGACCCACUCAUGACAGAAAUUUCUAAUGAGUUCAAAUACAACAAGGUUUUGUACCUACAACAUGCCAGGGAGUCGACAAAGCAACACGCUAUGCCAGACCUCACGACACCACAGCAGCUAACGAAACCUGUUGACAUGAAGGUGGGACAGGAAAAUACACUUAAAACAGUGAAAGAAAAAUCUGAACUGUCUAGUGCAGUUCAGAAGAGACAUCUGCCUGUAACAGACAUUACGAACAAAAAACCCAGGAGCUGAUCAAGUUUAAUCGCCAGUUCAUGUGCAAGGAGGUGUGGUUCUGAUCAAAGAAACAUAUUUUGGCUUAUUGCAUAAACAAUUCCUGGUUCCUGGUCCUGGUUAAUUUUUGAAACAUGAACCACACAGUAAAUGCUGAUGCAGUCAAGUUGGUAGAGACCAAAGCCUUGGAGAAUAGCGUGCAGCGAGAUGUCAGCAUUGACUUCGCCAUUACAGCACUAGUGCUUAGUCUUGAUUGUUUACAGGUGUAUCAAACUUUGACAAAAGAACGCCAGCAUUAGGUGUUUAUGUUGUACCUGUUUAUCAAUCUUCAAUAAAACUUCAUUAGAUGAUGGUCAUAUAUUUGUACAAGUUCAUGUAUAGCAAAAUGUGAAAGUUCAACACUGGUGUACAAUAAGAUAUUGUUAUUGAUUGAUUUCAUAAGCAACAAGCAAUAGUUUUUCUCUUCCAAAUGAUAUAUUGUACAUUAAAACAUUUGAAAGAUACUGAUAGAA